AUGAAUAUCAAUCAAAAUCUGUCAUUUUGUUCUCGUUGUAAUGACGGUGCAUUCAUAAAACAAAACUUGAUCGGAAUUCAAUAAACACGAUCAUGAUAUUAAAAAAUAAAAAAAUAGUAUGGCUGAAAUCCUAUCGACGAAAAAGUGUCGUAGUAUGCAAACGGUUUCUAUGAUUAAAAGUAAUAAGGAACGAGAUUUUAGUUUUCCGUAAACCAUCGAAUUGACCAUACGAGUUCUUUCAAACUUACGGCAAGACAUUACAACAUAUACACAUACCUUUCUGAGCACCGUUGUUUCCGAUCGACUAUUACAAACUUUCCGGUUGAUAUAUUAGGAAGCACCAGUGCUACUCAAGUACACUACUGCUAUACGUACAUAGCUAGUAUACUCAAACACGAAUCAUCAUGAAUUCACUCCCAUACGCAUCGGUAUGGAACUUGGGAUUGCCGGCAACACCUGCGGACAUGAGUCCCGAGAACGUGGACUAUGGCCUCAACGACAUGGUAAGGGCUGGAUACCUGGCGAAACUGCGUGAAACGCUAAUGGUCAACAUAAGAGAAAA